AUGGCUAGGUGGAAACACAAAGAAUUAAUGGGGAGGCAAGAGAACAAUGACUUUCAGAGUGUGGUUUCCAAAACAGCAUCAGUAUCCCCUGGAACAAGAAUUUUGGAGAAAUUCAAUAGAGAAGUUGUAACAGAUAAACCUAGAGCAAAUGAAACCAGUAUUCCUUCAGAACAAGUGCUACCCACAGUGAAAGAGGCUGCUUUACUAGAUUUUGGCUGGAGAAGUGCAUUUAAAGAAGUGUCUCGGGAUAUGGCACGUUGCAUAACAAUUGCAAUUGAAGAUUUUUCCACAAAAAUUCUCCAACAGGAACAGAAUGAAAGGUCUUCAGCUGUGAGCUAUGCUAUGAACCUCAUAAAUGUCCAGCAAGUUUGGCAAGACAGCUGCAUGUUUCCUGAGGAGGAACAACCAAAGAAAAUUGCAAAGAGAUUGUUCAUCAACAGACCCAUAUUCCUGGUGCCUGUCCAACGAUAUCAGGAAUUCAUCAACACUCUACAGUUUCAGGUUACGGAGUACUGCGUCAGAGUUUGUGCUACAAGCAUUUUACAGGAUGCUGAGAGCCACCACUGGGAUGACUACAAAGCUUUUUAUGAGGGGGAAAGAUGCUCCUUCUCACUCCAGAUGUGGCAUUAUUUCUACUGGACUCUUCAUCAUGAUCUCUGGACCAUUCUGCCCCCCAAGUUAGCCCAGGAGAUUCUAGCAGAAGUGCUGGAGAAAUCUUUGGGUCUACUGGCCUCCAGAUAUGCUCGGGCCCAUCCCAGUUAUAAGAGAACUCCACAGAUAAGGCUUGAUAUCACAACAAUUUUAAUAUGCACUGAGAACAUGUUAUGGCCAAUUUGUACAUCUGUACAGAAACUUUUGUAUCCUCACGAGUAUAUAGAUGAUAAAAUUUUUAAAAUUCAUUCCCAUUGUAAUAAUCUGUUUACAACCUUAGUCAUUUUGACUUCACCAUUAACAGAAUUAUACAAGACUUUUCAGCAUGGCCUGGAUGAGUCUGCUUCACAUUCCUUAAAAUCAUUUUUCAACCAACCUUUACAUUGGGUUUCGUGCAUAUCACAUUUCUACCCUUCUUUACUCAGGACUCCAUCAGCUGGAGGAUUGAAGGCUGAGGGUCAAUUGAAACUGCUCUUAUCCCAGCCAAGCUGUAAUUGGAACCUGCUUCUGGAAACCCUACUGCAUCAUGAUGGUCUUUUACUGAGAAUCUUGCUGAAGAGCUCAA